GUCGGUAUGAAUUUCCCAAUCGGCAGCCAACUGAAGCCUCAGUCCAACGCAGGUCCACCGUUAGCCUCGAUAGUCUCGAUAGUCCCUACAGGAUCUAGAAUCGAUAGGCUGUGGCUGCCCGGAGUUUUCCCACUAAACCUAAUCAGCGACAGGUGGAGUCUUCCCACUGCCUUGGAGGUGAUUCUUGCCGACGCCAUUGUCAGGCACGCUGCCGUCGAUCAGGUAUAAGUUCAAUGUCACCGUCCAGGGUCUCUUUGAGUCUGUCCCUGUCCGGCUAUGUGGUGAACUGCCUGAGCACUCUUUACAUUCUGUCUCUCUUUUAUGUUGGUGCUUUCUUGAUUUUAGCCUACGGCUCUUCUUUCCUUUCCUCCCUCAAGAAAGCAAUCACUCAUUCCUUCAAUUCUCGCCACAAUGCACUUGUCAGUCACCGGAGGACUCGUUCUCCUAUCGGCCCUGGUACCAACAGCUCUGACAGCGACGAUCCCUCUGCCCGGGGCCAGUGCUGCCGGCGAGUCGGUUGCGACGAUUACUGCAUCCUCCACCACCACCAUCACCACCGUUGUCACCAGUACCUCUGCAGUGGUCACCACAGGGGCGACCUGUACUCCUGGUACGACCGCACUCGGCUCUAACUCUCAAUGCUCCGACUAUGUUUGGUCCAGCGCCGGCAAGUAUUGGCGUGAAUACUGUACCGAUGCCUCCAUCAGUGGCGGCACCACUCGAGCUGUCAUGGCCGUGUAUGGACGGCAAUCCAACAUCAACGGCUGUCACGUAUACUGCUCCAUCUUUAACGGCAUGUGCAAUGCCGUCAACUACGUGCCAGCCUUGAGUACCUGCUACUAUCUGUGGGCUGACUCCAACUCGGUGGUGUCCGCUUCGGGCUACCAGGCCCUCACAUCCUACACCACCAACCCUUGCUAUGGGCCGAUUACUUCCAUCGAAACCGACUAUUCCACUCAGUAUCUGACCAGUGAGGUCUUUACUACUUAUGUCGUCACUCUUUCGAGCAGUGCUGUGUCUGCAACAGUUUCUUCCACUCCGUCGAGUAGCCCAGUCUCCUCUGCAGCGGCCUCGUCUACUCCAUCGCCAGUAUUCUCUUCGUCGGUGGUGACUUCAAGCCCCAAGCUGGCGACUACUUUGCUUUCCGCUAGUUCUGCACCGCUCUUCUCAUCUUCGAUUCCUUCUUCCUCAAUCCCUUCCUUGGCUCCGAUCCGUUCGUCGUCUUCGAUUCCUUCCUCGUCUCUGAUUCCUUCCUCUUCUCCAAUUUUCAUCUCUCGUUCCUCCAGCUCUAGACCUCCGGUGGCUUCCAGCUCCAGUGUGAGAGUGUCACCUGCUGCCUCUUCCCCCAAGCCAGGCUCAUCGUCCACUCCCCUCAUUCGUUCGUCCUCCAGCUCUAUCGCGAACCGCCCGUCACCCGCUUCAUCUCAACCCAUCCGAUCCUCCAGCGCCAUCUCAGUCUCAUCACCUGUCCAACCCCAUACCAGCAGCUCUGCUCCCGCGGUUUCAUACUCAAGAUCAGCCCGACCCUCAUUGAUCUCAUCCCCCGGAUCGAGCUCGUCCAGAGUGAACACCAUCCUCCCCAACAACCCAUCUACAAUCAUCGAGGGAUCCCAUCCAACCUCUUCUACUCCAUCCCCCGCAUCCACCGGCACAACAACCACCCCAGCAGCUGACGGUUUCACCACCUCAACAAUCCUCACCACCCGGACCGCAACCAUCACCGCCUGCCCCUCCAGCAUCACCAACUGUCCCGCCACCGAAAGAACUACCUUUCUCACCACCGAAACCCUAGUCCUCUCAACAACAGUUUGUCCCUUGACUACCGAAACCACCACGACGGGUAUCCCUCAACCCACUCUCUUCCCAGAGGAGCCAUCUGCCACCAUCGUGGACAAGUACACCACCUCAACUAUCUUCAGCACCCGGACCGCGACCAUCACUGCUUGCCCUUCUACCGUCACUGAUUGCCCCGCUCGUUCGAAGACCACGUACCUGACCACCGAGACUAUCUUCGUCUCUACUACUAUCUGUCCCGUGACUAAAACUCAGGUGUCUACUCUGACAGAAGAGAAUAAAUCUCGUCCAGUCCCUACUGGUAUCUCAGUUACUGCUGUGGAUGUGAGUGUGGGCAGUGAAGAAGAAGAAGAAGAAGCUACCUCUACAAUCUUCAGCACAGUCACUAUCACGAUCUCGGGCUGUGAGGCCGAGGAGACGGCAUAGGUUGUUCCCCCCCCGGUUUUAUUUGAUUGCCCAUCUAUGACUACGAUUGAAAUAAUG